AUGCUUUGCACAACCAUCAAAAUCUGGCUGCUUCUCGGGCUGCUCCACGGCACUGUGGGCGAGAGAAAAUGGGACUACGAGCCUGUGUCCAUAGAUACCUACAGCACGGAUGAGAGCCAGCUGAAGGUUGAAUCCAAAAUCGACCGUCUGAAUCGCGGAGAGUUCGGAAUUUCGUGCACCGUGGAGUGGAAAUACGAUAUAGAUGAGACCACAAUGGUCGAGGCCAGUGCUUACCGCAGCAAUUCUGGAGCGGAGAACGACUAUAAGGUCCUGCCCUGGUCUAUACCCAAGCAGACCUACUAUGAUUAUCUCAACACGUACUACAAGGACGUGCUCAUCCCGAACCUUGGCCACUGCUCGAAUCUGCCGCAGUUCGAGGGGAAGUUCCAGCCGCCGUGGCCGAAGGACACCUACCUCGUCGACAAAUGCGUCAUCGAAGGCCAGGGGCUUCCCGAAGUUGUUCCGCCCGGUUUCUACAAGAUCAUAUUCAUAGUGAGCGGACCCGAUCAGCCUGAAUGGGGUUUCACUGUAGUCCUUAAGGUAACAGCUAAACUUUUUUAGACAACUGUUUUUCGGAUGCGGAAUGAAUAUAGAAAUUUCCACACAUUUGGGAUACCAACA